CCCAGCCGGCCCAGCAGCGCCAUGGCGGCGACGCCCUCCGCCCGCGCCCGCUACGUCAUCUGCGCGCGACCGGGCGCAGGGGCUGAGUCUUGUCCCCGCUGCCCGGCUGUCAUGUCCUUGGCUGCGGUGCUCCGCGCGGGCCGCGCCCGGGGACGACUCCCCGCCGGGGGGCUGCUGGGAAAGCUUCAUGUCAGUUCCCACAGGAACCUUCAGUAUGGCUGGACAGCGUAUAUAUUGGGAGAUAAAGCUAGUGCAAAGUUCACUGAAUACAGCAAAGUCUUCACAGUGGAUGGUAAUCUGCAUGCUGGCACAGCAAAACUUUCCCAACAAGUGGCAGAAAUAUUGGGUUUGCGAUAUUUCCCAGAAGCCAAUAUUCAUUUGUUAGACAGUCUCACGGGAGAUGGAAAAAAACUGGAUUUAAAAUAUAAUGGCAGUUGCUGUCUGGAGACAUUUUACAAUGAGCCUAAGCAUCCAAAUGGAAACUCUUACCGGCUUCAAGCUUGGAUGUACUGUUCCCGCUUUCUACAGUAUGCAGAUGCUCUCAGCCAUCUCUUGAGUACAGGACAAGGAGUCGUGCUGGAACGCUCCCCCUACAGUGACUUUGUUUUCCUGGAGGCCAUGUCAAAGCAAAACUACAUUCACCCAAGGUGUGUGAAACACUACUAUAGGAUGAAGCAUCUUAGUAUUUGUGAAAUUUUGCCUCCUCACCUGGUCCUUUAUAUUGAUGUUCCUGUCUCAGAAGUUAAGAAAAGGAUUGACAAGAUAGGAGAGCCCUAUGAAAAAAACGUAUCAACAGCAUAUCUUCAAAGCAUUGAAGAUGCCUAUAAGAACUCUUUCCUGCCACAGAUGAGUGAGACCUCGGAGAUCUUGCAAUAUACAGCCAGUGAACUUGACAGCAUGGAGAGAAUUAUUGAAGACAUUGAAAUGCUGAAAUUUGAUAAAGGACCUUGGCUUGUACAAGAUGAUCUUACCUUGCAUUACUUGAGGUGUUGUGUUAAUGACAAAUCCAAACUACUGAGUCCUCUGACGGUUCCCGACUACAUUCCUGAAGUCACAGUAGGAGGCCUCGAUGCUGACACAAUCUACCACAGCUACAGGGAGCUUCCUGGACGCAUGUUUGCACCAGGUUACAAUGCUGAUGUGGGAGACAAGUGGAUCUGGCUAAAAUAGCCCAUUUCCUUGGAAGAAUGAAGUUGGCCACAGAAGGACGAUGAAGCGCCUGUUAAGCUGCCAGCUGUAAAUAGGUGACAUCUUUAGCAAAGGUGGCAGGUCUUCAGCUGGAAGAACCAGCCAAAAAGGAAGUUAUCUUCACGCUCAAUCAAUAUUCGUCUGAGCAGAAUCCCACUAAGACAAAGAAGGGACACUGUGGCAAGCUUGGUGAAUAAAAUGGCAUCUAGUCCAACCUGGAGCUUCCUAUAUUCCUGGCUGAAAACAUGAAGUCCCUCAA